AUGGCGCCGCAGUCGAGCAGCGGGGCCGUCGCGGGAUCGAGCGGCGGGGUCGAAGGGGAGGGCGGCGGGGGGAUCCUGGCGAGGCUCUCCAGCUCGUUCUCGGAGUCUCCGGUCGUGUACCGGGGGAAGAAGAUGGCGUCGGAUGCCGUCUCGGUGGCGCACAAGCUCCUGCGUAGCACGGGGAAGGCUGCCUGGAUCGCGGGGACGACGUUCGUGAUCCUGGUGGUUCCUCUCAUUAUAGAGAUGGAUAGGGAGCAGCAGUUCAACGAGCUGGAGUUACAGCAAGCAAGCCUCCUCGGCACUGCGCCACUGUCCGUGGACGGAGCCCCGCCUACGCCUAAGUGA